CGAUGAGGUGCUGAUGGGAGGCUCCAGAACGGACUACCGCUGCCCACUGAGCAUUAGUACCAUGAAAGAUCCGCUUUCUAGUACUGUGUGCUCGCAUAGCUACGAGCGCGAAGCCAUCGUCGCCUACUUACAACAGCACAGAGACCACGUGACGUGCCCUGUGAAUGGAUGCAGAGCCACUCUUCGCAGAAGCAACCUUCAGGAAAACCCAAGUUUGAAACGCGAAGCGCAAGCUUACGCUCGAAGGCAGGAACGCAAGCGAUUGCAGGCGCAAGCGGGAACCAGCUCCAUUGUCGACUGAGCGGAGCACUCACGACCAGCACCUGCAUCGAGCUUCUCGAUCUGGCGCCACAAGCUUUCCGCCCCGAACUUUGCACAUGUACACUAGCACACAAGCACCGUCGUGGUCCCACGCUGAGUAAUGUUGAGCAUCCGC